UAUAAGUCUAUGUAUAACAUAUUCUUUUUCAUGAAAUAGAUCAGAGUAGCAAAAUUGGUGAAAAACUGAAUUACUAGAUCAAAUAUAAUGAAAGACAGCAAGAGUGGGGAUGGAGUAAGAGAGGACCCGGUGAACAUUCCGUUAUUAGAAGAAUAUUUAUCGCCGGCGACUACACUGCAACUGAAUCAUCAUAAUGAAAUACGAGAUGACUUACUGAGCAGAGUUUGGGUCGAAUCAAAGAAGUUUUGGAAAAUUGCUGGUCCAAGUAUCGUCAUUCGUAUAGCUUCUUAUUCUAUAUUGGUUAUCACCCAAGCUUUUGCUGGUCAUUUGGGUGACCUUGAGCUUGCAGCAGUUUCCGUUUCCAUUACGGUUGUUAUUGGUUUCACUUUCGGCUUAUUGUUGGGAAUGGCAAGUGCACUAGAGACAUUAUGCGGUCAAGCUUACGGAGCUAAAAAAUAUCGUAUGUUAGGAAUUUACUUGCAGCGUUCAUGGGUUGUUUUGACUCUCUGUGCAAUUUUGCUUCUACCGGUUUACAUAUUCACUGCACCAAUCCUUAAGCUCUUGGGACAACCCGAUGAUCUAGCUGAGCUAACAGGACUAUUUACAAACUGGUUGACUCCGCUUCCUUUUGCCUUAGCUUUACAAAUGCCAUCACAAAGAUUUCUUCAGUGUCAGCGUAAGACAUCGAUAGUUGCUUGGGUAUGCUUGGGCGCCCUACUGUUUCAUAUUUUACUUAUCUGGUCAGUCGUUUACAAACUUGGUUUUGGUGUUAUUGGAGCUGCUGCCAUAUUGAAUGUCUCAUGGUGGAUUAUAGUUUUGGGAUCGUUUUCUUACAUUGCGUGUGGUGGUUGCCCUGAAACUUGGACUGGUUUUUCUAUGGAAGCAUUUUCUGGCCUUUGGGAGUUUUUCAAACUCUCAAUGGCUUCUGGCGUCAUGUUAUGUUUGGAGAAUUGGUACUACAUGAUACUGGUUUUGAUGACUGGAAACUUGAGCAACGCUAAGGUUGCGGUUUCUGCUCUUACAAUCUGUAUGAGCAUAAAUGGAUGGGAGGUGAUGAUUCCACUAGCUUUCUUCGCUGCAACUGGAGUAAGAGUUGCAAACGAGCUUGGAGCGGGGAAUGGAAAAGCUGCAAAAUUUGCUACCAAAGUUUCAGUCGUUACAUCUUUGAUAAUAGGGAUAUUUUUUUGUGCAUUAAUAAUGAUAUUUCAUGAAAAAUUAGCAAUCAUAUUCACCUCGAGUGUCGUCAUCCUCCAAGCAGUAGAUAACCUUGCAUUCCUCUUGGCUUGCACCGUUCUCCUCAACAGCAUUCAACCUGUUCUAUCUGGGGUUGCUGUUGGCUCAGGAUGGCAAGCCUCGGUCGCUUUCAUUAACAUCGGCUGCUACUAUAUUAUCGGAAUUCCACUUGGAGUUGCCCUUGGAUGGGUUUUCCAUCUUGGCGUUAGAGGUAUAUGGAGUGGGAUGAUAGGUGGUACCGCUAUUCAAACGCUAAUAUUGAUCAUAAUCACCAUCAGAUGUGAUUGGGAUAUGCAUGCUCAAAUUGCAAGCUCGCGGAUGAAUAUGUUGUCAAAUUCAUGAGGCACGCCAUAUAAGCAGCAGUGUUGCUAAUUCAGUGUUGAAAGCAUUGUCGCUUGACGGUAGGCCAUUGUGCCCGGAUUUAAGGUCCUUGUAAUUCCAAUUUUUAUUAUGCUUAUCAAU